AUGCGCUCAGGAGGUUGUGCGGUGCAGCAGACCCUCACAGCGGAGGCUGCUUCGGUUCUGAAGCACUCUCUCAGCUUAGCCAGGCGGAGAGGCCAUGCUCAGGUCACUCCUCUCCACGUGGCCGCCACUCUCCUCGCCUCAAGAACCAGUCUUUUACGGCGGGCCUGUCUCAAAGCUGCCGCUGCAGCCAAUCACAACCCGCCACAUCACCACCCUCUUCAAUGCAGGGCCCUGGAGCUCUGCUUCAAUGUGGCCCUCAACAGACUCCCCACCACGCCUCCCUCCGGAGGUGGCGGCGCCGCCAGUCCUCUCCUUGUGAGCCACGGCCAGCAUCACCAGCAGCAGCAGCCUUCUCUGUCCAAUGCUCUCAUUGCUGCUCUGAAAAGGGCCCAAGCCCACCAGAGAAGAGGGUGCAUAGAGCAGCAGAACCAGCAGCAGCCGCUUCUGACGAUCAAGGUUGAGCUUGAGCAGCUCAUAAUCUCCAUCUUGGAUGACCCAAGUGUUAGUAGGGUUAUGAGGGAAGCCGGGUUUUCGAGUACUUCUGUCAAGAACAACUUAGAGGACACCUCCUCUGUUUCCUCUGUUUCCUCUGUUUUUCAGUGUUAUAAUAACACUGGUGGGGUUUUCUCUUCUCCUUGUUCACCUACUGCUCCUGAAAAUCUAAACCAUCAUCAUAUCACUCCCUCUGGGAAUUUCUGGCAAACCCAUUUCUUGACCUACGCUUCUGAGCAAAACCCACUUCUUUAUUCCUCACGACCAAAGAAGUUACUUCUUCCCUUCAAUGUCAGCUCCAUUAGUACUCCUGCAGAGUCUGUUUCUUAUACCAAGGAAGAUGUGAAGUUGGUGUUUGAGGUUUUGGUGAGGAAGAACAGUAGGAAAAGGAACACUGUGAUUGUGGGUGAUUCUGUGUCCAUUACUGAAGGCCUUGUUGCUGAGGUCAUGGGGAGGUUAGAGAAAGGUGCAGAGGUUCCUGAGGAACUGAAAUCAACCCAUUUCGUCAAGUUUCAGUUCCCACAUGUUUCUCUGAGGUACAUGAAGAGAGAAGAUGUGGAAUCCAAAAUCACAGAGCUCAAAAGGAAACUGGAUCACUAUGGAGGAGGUGGUGCUAUUAUUUACAUUGGAGACUUGAAGUGGACAAUUAGUGAUGAGAAAGAAGGAGGAUUAGUCUCUGGUGGGUAUAGCCCAGCUGAGCAUUUAGUUUCAGGAAUUUCAAAGGUGGUUUUAGAUUAUGAAAGCAGCUCAUUCUCAAGCACAAAGCCAAAGGUUUGGUUGAUGGCUACUGCCAGUUAUCAAACAUACAUGAGAUGCCAAAUGAGGCAACCUUCUCUUGAGAUUCAAUGGGGUCUUCAAGCUGUUUCAGUUCCAUCAGGAGGUCUUGGUUUGAGUCUCCAUGCUUCCAGUGUCCAUGAUUCGAGAGUUAACUUUUCUCAAAACUCAUCCGAAGUGCUGGAAACAAAGCCAUUCAGUAGCAGCAAGGAUCAUGAACAAGAUCAUAGUAAGCUCCCUUGCUGUGAAGAAUGCUAUUCAAAUUAUGAGAAAGAAGCUCAGUUGCUCAAAUCUGGCCAGCAGAAGUUGCCUGCGUGGCUUCAACCACUUGAUACUGAAGCCAGUCAAAAGGAUGAAGUGCUUGAAUUGAGGAGAAAGUGGAACAGGUUAUGCUACAGUCUGCACCAAGGAAGGCAUAACCAUAAUCAUUCAAUCCCCGCUUCGUACAACCAUCAAAGCUUAACCGGGAAGAACCAUUCUUAUAGUACUUCAUCGUACCCUUGGUUGUCAACUAGGAAUGGCAUCUUCCCAGAUCUGAAUUCGAUCUCUUUUGCUGAUCAUCCAGCCUCAGACCCUGCAAGCGAUGGCGCUAAUCUGGUGCCUCGGUUCAGGAGACAACAAUCAUGUAGCACAAUUGAGUUCAAUUUCGAAAAUGGGGCUCGAAAGCAUGAAAUAGUGGAACCAACAUUGGAUUCGUUGAAACUCAGUGAAGAUAAGGAAGUGAAGAUCACACUUGCUCUUGGCAACUCUGUCUUUUCUGAUUCAGGAAAAUCAGUGCUGCAGAGAGCUGACAUGUGUAAGCUUUUGAAAGAGAAUGUGCCUUGGCAAUCUGAAUCCAUUCCCUCAAUAGUGGAAGCCAUAAUCAGCUCCAAACCAUGUUCAGAGACUUUGUUUCUGAUUGAUGGAAAUGACUCCAUUGGAAAAAGAAGGUUGGCUCAGGCGAUAGCAGAGUUGGUUCUGGGGUCUGCUGAUUCACUCUUGCAUAUCAACAUGAACAAACGGGAACAUGAGAUGAAUCCUAGAGUGCAAAAACUAAAAAGAGCCUUGAAAUCCAGUGACAAGCUAGUUGUGUUGGUAGAAGAUAUUGAUUUGGCUGAUGCACAGUUCUUGAAAUUCCUAGCUGAUGGUUUUGAGGCUCGAAAAUGUGGAGAAGUGAGUAGAAGAGAUGGGAAUCAAAGCCAAGGAAUAUUCAUUUUGACCAAGGGUGAGUCCGCAAGAAAUGAGUACCAGGGUUCUAUAAUCCAAAUGAAGUUGAAAGUUGAUGAGAAAAGUACCAGUCCUAGUUUUGGAAUAGCUAGCUUCGACCACAAGCGAAAAGCUGACUGGGAGCUUGAAAACAAGGCCAAAUCUCCAAGAUUGGAAGAGAAGGAGGAUUCAAGUGUGGUUGUUGCCUUUGAGAAUGUGAAUAGCAAGAAGGACUUCUCAAGGCAAUCAAGCUUCAACAGUAACCUUGAUCUCAACCUCAAAGCCGGUGAGGACAAUGAAAUAGAAGACAAUGCAGGGGAGGUGAGUCCUAUUUCAAGUGAUUUGACCCGGGACUCUGCCACGGAUGUCCAAAACCCACUUGGGUUCCUCGAAUCAAUCGAGAACAUCUUCGUUUUCAAUCGAAGCCCAGCUAGAGAUCGAGAGGCCACCGAGCUUUUCUUGUCCAAGAUUGAAGGGUGCUUUGAGGGUGUACAUGGGAAACAAAAUGGGGUUAGUUUUAGUGUGGAUAAGAGGGUGUUAGAGGAGAUAUCUGUUGGGUCUGGUUCUUUUCCCAAUAGCUUGUUUGAGAAAUGGCUAAAAGACAUUUUCCAAACAAGCCUAAAAUCGGUUAUAUUUGGCGGGAAAGAGGGUAUACUUGUAAGGCUAUGUUUGGGGGGUAAAGAAGAAGGCAUUUUGGAGGGUUUCUUGGGCUCUUGCCUUCCCAAGAAAAUCCAAAUUUCUUGAGUGAGGGAGUAAACAACAUGACUCCAUCU